AUGUCGAUAUCUGUAACGCACCGAGGAGGCAUGAACUACGACGCGCUCAGCCAGUUCCUUGGUAAACACCUACAGGAGCACGGCGACGACAUUCUCCGUAUGAAGGGGAUCGUCGCCACUAACAGAGGCGCGGGGCAGACACCACGAGCGGCGCUGUAUGAGAAGCUCUGCUUUCAGGGCAUCCACGGUAGCUUCGAGGGCGAUGUCAUUGGAACGUAUGCAGCAGAGGAGGCACUGGAGAGCAGGAUCGUGUUUAUUGGCCGUGAUUUGGACGCAGAGGCGCUGCAAAAUGGCUUCCUGGCAUGCGCCGAGUGA